GGAAACCUCAUUCGUAACCAUGAGCAAUGAAGUAACAACGCAUCAAGAGAUGAUGCAGGCCAACAGAUUGGUUUGGGGAUGUGCUACCGCCAAACGGAGUGCUUCAUUGUUGGGAGUCCUAUAGAGACAGCUGUGGAAGUUGUAAAUUUAGAUAGAAAUGGAUUUGCAUUUUGAAAUGCUAGCGUGGGAAGGAAAGCCCAAAGGGAAUAGACUGGCGGCUGCAAACGAUACUAACACGUCAUGAAAAGGCGUAAACAGCAUCAGAUCAUCAUUGCAAAGGAAUUAGCUUAUGCAACAUAAAAACAUACAAUAGUAACGUGGCUUGUUUUUGUGUACGGGUUAUUAGAGUAAUCUUUUGUCUACAAUUUGUUUUGAAAGCGAUAAAUACGUCUAUACGGGAACUGAUACGGGGAGUUUCAAGCAACACUUUCUUAUCAGAUUUCAUUUGCGUUACAAGUGCUAGUCACGGCAAACGUCGCACCAGUUGGGCAACUUUUUGAAGAAAUUUAGAGGUAUAGUUGAGCCCAGACUGCAGCAAUAUGAACGACACAGGUGGUUCGGAAGGCUUGACCAAAGAAGAUCUACAGGAAAAACUCCUUCGCUUAGGAUUGCCUUUCAAAGCUGUCCUCAGAAUGACUUUAGAAGAAUUGCAACGAGAACUGAAUAAAAUUGAAGAUGAGAAGCAAAAGGAGCAUUCGGAUGAGGAGGUUAAUGAUAUUUUAGAAAAUUGUACAUGUGAAGAUCUGAACAAAUUAGUUGAACGGUACGGCGUGAGAGCAGAAAACGUGACAGAUGACAAAACGAGGAAAGAAAGAAUUAGAUAUCAAAUGACAAAGAAAUUUGCUCGCCACGGCUCAACAGCAGAGAUGUUAGGAGGUCUUUGGGACGACACCUUCAAGUUCAAGGGCGCCUGCACUUCGCUUGCUGCUGUAGGGGAAGAACUAGAACGCUUUCUGGAAGACAUUAAGCUAGACAAGAAGCUCCGGCAUGCUUUGCUACGUGAUUACGGUGAAGAUGAAUUAGAUAAAGGAGUUAGAGAGGGCCUGGGUCAUUUGCGAAAAGGCGAAUGUCCAAUUGUUGUCACUGGCGAAACUUCAGCCGGUAAAAGUAGUUUUCUAAAUUUGUUGCUGGAAGGAAGCUCUUUGGACGGACAACACCUUGAGCUACCAAAUAGUGAGCAAAUGACAACCUCUUGCAUUUGUGAGAUAAAGCAUGGCGAAGAGCGAGAGCUUAGAGCACAUCACAACAAACCUCGUGAGGGGAAAACAGGCAUUGAGAUUAUUAAGAACCCGACAAUAGAUACUAUAAACAAAUUCUUGAACGUUAGACACAGCGGACAAGCAGGUUCUGCUAAUUUUUCGGUGUACAAGAAAAUUGAGCUUCGUGUUCCUUUAGACUUUCUGAAGUGUGGAAUCGUUCUUGUAGACACUCCUGGUGUCACUGGCGAAACUGAAAUGAAAAAAUUUGUGUCGGAAUAUCUGGAACAUUCUGUAGCAUUCAUCUACAUCUUGAACAAGGCUGUUAAUGUUUAUCAGCUUCGUGGCCUUUUCGAGAUUGAGUCGAAUGCACUAAAUCGAUACUUUUGUGGUGAUACCGACGUUGAGGAGUUGAAUACUCAAGGAAUGGUGAGAAACACUAUGUUUAUUGCCAAUAAAUGGGAUCUAGUCCAGGACGAGAAAACGAUGAUGUCAGAACUAGAGAAAACACUUGUUAAGUAUCGAGUUGGCAACUACGAAAAACAGCAGGGAAAACUUCUCAAGCUGAUGGCUACAAGAGAUCGCGAUCAUUUUAGAGCAGGAUACGUCAGCCACCGAUUCCAAGCGCUAAUUGACAGAUUCAAGGAGACUGCACCUGAAAAUAUGAAGCUACACCUACGUAAACAUUACAGAUAUCUUCAAAAAAUCUGUUCGAGGAUUGAAUACCACACACAGCGAUUUCUAAACUAUGCUCAACUAAUAGAUGGAGAUAAAGAAGAACUCAAGAACAUCCAAGCCGACGCUGAAGAGAAAUGGCAGAGUCUAAGCCAGAAAGGCCAGGAAAUAUGUAAGGGUGUUGAAGAAUACAUUAGCAAACUAGACGUUUCAGAAAUAUCCGAUUCAUUGCGUAAUCAUUUUAAGAAUCCGUUAGUUCAGAACAGUCUCCUUAUUUGGAGAGAGGAGGAAUGUCCUAAAGCUGAAGAAAAGUUUGAGCUUACAGAAAGGGAGGCAAAGAAAUUGGUGAAAACGAGAUUUACUGAAGCAAUUACGCAAUGGGAAAAUGAGAAUCACAUGCUCGAAGACAAAAGACAAGAACUAAGAAAGGUUGUUAAUAGACGGCUCCAGGAUCUAAAUUUUGAUCUCACUGCAGUCGCCAAAGUUCUCACAACUGCUCGAUCCGUAGAGUUAAAGCUACCUGGAUUUGAGUUUCGAUUUUGCAAAAUGAGACGAUCUGUACUGGACACUUUUUGGCGAUUGUUUAUCGAACUAUUUUUGGUUAAAGAAAAAGUUCAAAAGGCCAAAUUUUUGAAAAGUCCUGUUGAAUCAAUGGAAGAGCUAGCUCAGCUGACACUCACACCUUUAGUUUCCGGCAAUAAUAAUGGCGAUGGCGAUGCCAUGAUCAGAUUAGUUCGAGAUUUAUUAGGUCUUGACGAAGUAGUAAAAACUUUAAAAGAAGAAAUUGACAAAGAAAUAGCUAGCACCCGCGAGGAAGUUGGAGAUCUUCGAGGUAAAGAGCAGGUUGAUCACUUUAGAAGGACAUACCAACCAAUUCUUAGUGAUUGCUUAGACCUCCAUACGGAACUUCUUCAGUGGGAACUACACAAUCUCUUUGAAGGAGAUUUGAUCAAGAGUAGUGAUGUUAGAUUGGGAAAUGAGAGGUACUUGCUGGGUAGCGGAACUAUUGUGGGCUAUUACAGAGGCACUCAGACCAUAAAUGAUCAAUGGAAGCCGGUGACUGUCAAGAGGUACGCUUUGAAAGACAAUUUGAGGACAAUACUUAGAGACUACAAGCGUCUCAAGGACUGGAAAUCAACGUGUUUUGGAAGAGCGGAAGGGUUGAUUAAGUUACAACUGACAAGCAGUGCAGAUACAGAACUUGCAGUUGUCAUGGAAAACUGCGAUGUGAGUUUACACAACUUUCUCAAGACCACAGAUAAUCUUGGAGGCUACAGAUCUUCCGCUGUACUAACAUUGACUCUUCCUUUGGCAUAUGAUAUCUACGAGGCUCUGCAUACUUUGCACAACGAAUGCUUUGUCCACGGUGAUCUGACCACUUCUACUGUGAUGCUAACAAAAGUUGUUCCUGAAGUAGCAGAAAACGGUAUCACUGUUUCUUACAGAGCUAAGCUUUACCAUAUCGGAGUCCCAACUGGAGCUAACCUAGAAAGGCCGAAACGAGCGUCUUUGUCUCCAAACAAGUUUUCUGCUCCGGAAACUGUUGACGCUAUUGGCUGCCAACCUUCAAUGGAUGUUUACGGUUUUGGACAUAUACUGUCUGAACUUUGGUAUGGUAAGAGUGAUCGUGCUUAUAAGGGUCCUGUUUUAAAAAGAAAAGACAGUCUCGAUGGAAGCAGUGAUUCGUUGACGGUGGAAGAUCAGACACACGGACAGCAUUCAUUGAAUAUUGAGGAUGUAUUCAUACGUACGUUUACGCAACGUGUGUAUCAAGACAACUUGCCGUUUUCUGAGCCGUCAGAGGAAUACAAGAAAUUAAUUAUCGCAUGCUGCAACAAGCUACCCAAAGAACGACCAUCAGUAGAUUCUAUCAAGAACGAACUUGAAGAUAUCAUGAAGAAGUAUCGUUGCAGAGAAGUACCCUAGUAGGUAGAGUCGCUGUAGGAAUUGGAACUCAUUUUCGAACAGCCAAGAAUUGGCUAUAUCAUAUACACUAAUAACGAUUGUUUUCUACUCUAUGUUGUCUAUCCUAGGUUAUUUUACGUAUUAUAACGAUCAGCUACUAAUCUGCAUCAACACUGUUAGAAAACUACGAUCAUCAAUAUACUAUGAUCCAGUCAGGAUCCAGACUAUAA